AUGAUAUUUUAUAAUAAUUUCACUUCUCUAAUAGAAAAUCCUUUAUUAUUGGUAUGAAAUGACUCACUGGAAAUCCCAAAAAAUCAAGAGCAAUUCUUAUUUGGACUCUAUAAAAUUUGUAAGCACGAACUUAACAUGGAAAUUUUUUCCGAGCUUAUUAAGAUUCCAUAUACAAUUGGAAUAAACCAAAUAGCUUCUCCUAGUUUUCAUAAUUUUCCUGUUUUUCCUGAUUCCCCUGAUUCUCCAAUUAAAUCUAAAAGAUUUUUUCAAGAAAAUAUUUCAACUGACAUUUAUACAAAGCAAAUUAAAGAAAUUGAAGGAAUCAUCUUAAAUUCUCUGAUCAUAACAAUUAUUAAUCAGUUAUGUAAAGGAGAUCAAGCUUUAUUAUUAAAUUUAUCAAAUUUUAAUCCCAAAAAUUCUCAUAUGGACAUUUAUGUAGAAUUAACAAGCUUAGAGAUUAACGACGAACUAUUAAGCAAGAAAGUAUUUUUUAUGAAAAAAACUGUCACAGGCAUAUCAAAAUUUUUAAAAGAACUUAAAGAAUCAAUAAUGAGCAUGGAUUUGAGAGAAACACAGUUUUUAGAAGACAAUUUUACAAUUAUAAAAAGUUGCUUUAAUAGUGCAAGCCAACCAGUCAUUUUUAAAGAAACAAGAUUUUCUAACAUUCAAGGUAUUGAAAAUUUUAUAAGCACUGCAAAUGCUUAUGACAUAUUAUCAAUAAUAAAUUGCAUUACAUAUGAUAAACUAGAAGAGCAAUCUAUAUCAUUUAAAUUCUUAUUUAAAUGAAUCGAAAGUAGCUGGUUACCUUAUAGCAAGUUUAUACUUAGAUUUCUAUCUAAAAAAAAUACUGAAUCGCCUGAAGCUGAGAAGAAAUAUUUGAUAUGAAAAUUAAAAAAUUGCGAUGUUGUCAGAGAAUAUGAAAAUUAUGGAAAAUGAAAUAGCUUGCCUAGAAGUAAAUUUGAAGAAUUUUGCUUACUUUGAAUAUUUGCAGUCAGAAAUAAACACCAAAUAAUUGAAAAAUAUGAGCAUUUAAUAAAGGAUGUUUACCAAAAAAUUCUUGACUUCAAUGAUCCAACAGAUGAAGAAAUCAAUUCAUUUUUUUACUUUUUAUUUACAAUAUUAUCCAGCUCCAGCUCAGAGCUUUAUUGCAAUAUAGGAGAAUAUAUUGAUCGUGUAGUAGAUAAAAUCAGAACAAGGUAAACCUUAAACAGCAUUAUAAAAAUCAUUUUAAAACUCAAAGAUGAAUGCGUAUUUAAUGAAAAAGAAUUUAUUCAGUCUUUAGAUUGCAUUUUCCCAAUAUGUAAUAUGAAAGUCCUUUUAAAAAUAUUUACUAUCAAAGAGGGUUUUGGAGGUAAUUUCAUUUCUCAUUAUUUAGAAAGACAUCUGCAGCUUUCUGAAGAUGAGUAUCGCCAGCGCGUCAAAUACGCAUUAGAUAUCCUAGAAGAAUAUAUAUGCCACUAUAGAAAAUAUCUUGAUAUAGCAAUCUUAGAUAAUCUAUAUGAAAAAGUAAAAAUUGAGAAUUUUUGAAAUGAUAAUCUAUAUAAAGAUAUACUAAAGAGACUUACUCAAAUACAAAUAGAGUCUGGAAGUUAUAGCCAAAGCUUCUUAGAUAAAUAUUUUGAAAAUUUAACAUUGCAAAACCAAGAUUCUAUUGAUUUUAAAGGUUGAACUGAUAAUUUUAAAAUACUUUUCAUCUAUAUGUUUUUUAGCAAAACUAUAGAAGAAAAACAAAGAAAGCAGCAAUUAAUAUUUGAAUAUAUCAAUAGAUUUGCGUCUGAUAUCUUGAUAUUUAUAUCUAAUGUAGAUAUAAAUCAAAUUUUUUCGAUUUUAAAACUUAGCUGCGGACUUAUUCCUAAUCUACAACAAUCACUAAGUGAAACCUUUAAGAGAAUCAUUAAUGAAAGCAUUCAAGUCCCAUACUUGAAUUGGCAAAAAGGCACUGGAAAACUAAUCGAUCUUCAUGGUGAAAUCUUAGAAUUAAAUUUUGAUGAGCCUUGUAUCUUAAUUCCUGACAUGAUAAAACACGUUUUUAAUAGGAUUAUCUCAUAUUUAGAUUUUAGUUUUAGCGACAGUGAAGAUAUAUAA